AUGGCGAGGAACGGAGAAGAUUACAAAACACGUAUAUUCUGCCGUGCGAUUAUGCCGAAGGGAUGGGGAGUUCGCGAGUGUCCGUUGCUUCAUAAGUCUCAACCUUUUCAAAAGCGCAUCUGGGUUAAGGCAUAUACUAAGAUGAGUCCUCGUAUCUUGUCAAAACACGGCCAAGUCAUCCGAAAAUGUACCGUUCCGGGCACAGUAGCAUUUACAUUCGAUGACGACUCGUGGACCGAAAAGGAUGACAUACUGUCGCUAUUUUCACAGCGAAAUGCACAAGCUUCCUUCUUUCUAAGGAGCACCCCAUGGACCACAGAUGUAAUAAAAGACAACGGCGGUGAAUCCGGGAUACAGAAGCUGCACGAUAAUGGGCAUCUGAUUGGACUCGGCACCUCGAGUCGUCGCCAUCACAGCGACGCGGAACAACAGGACCUUCUCAAGGCCCGCCAGAAGGUUUCCAUAGUCUUGGGGACCUCUUCCACCUCUGACGGCCUUCGACCGCAGUACAUUUGGUCGUCCCCGAGCGAUUGCACAGUACGAAACGGCUGUGUUGAAAAGUUGACGAUAAAUGGUCAGCGACUGGUACUUUGGGACGCUGAACCCGCGGACAUGGGUAACAACACGGAGACUACGCUUCUCCUUGACAGAGUACAAGCGGCAGAUCCUAAACGAGAUUCUUUUCUCGUUCCGAUACGAGGGCUUCGGAAGGAGAAUCACCACGGUAUAAGUGAUCUACUAGAUGGGUUCCUACAAAAGGGCUUCCGUCCAGUUACAGUAGGAGACUGUACAAAUGACCCAAAACACUUCUGGUACUUAGAUCACUUGGGACAUCCUGCGACAGGCUUGGAAUUUGGGCAUGACGUAGAAGCAACCGGCACGUUUCUCAGUCAAAUUCGAUGGGGCGGAUUACUGGCCGUAAUUUUCUUGGAGUUGAUGGCCCUGUCUUGCCUUUUCUGGGCUGUUUGUCGAUAUAGAAAGAUCAAGUCACACCAACGCAUAGUUCAAUGA